AUGAGUCGACUAGGAGAUAUAUACACUCUCACACCCGUACAAGCUAUCUCUCUCAGAUCCUCGGAUUCCAACCCGACUUACAGCAACAGAGAUGUACACUUUCUUCCUCUCUUUGGUUUUCUUCUUUCUUUCCUUCUUCUUCUUUACACAAUUCAGCUUAUAACAGAGGUAUACACUUUCUUCUCUGUUUUCCCUUUUCUUUCUUUACACAAUUCAACUUGUAAAAGAGGUAUACUUUCUUCAUCUCUCUGGAUAUCCGUUUUCUUUUCUUUACACAAUUCAACUUGUAACAGAGGUAUACUUUCUUCCUCUCUCUGGAUAUCCGUUUCUUUUCGUUACACAAUUCAACUUGGGAUUAUCGAACAGAAAUACUUCUUGUCCGGAGUUGCCUGGAUUGAACUGGAUAAGUUACAUUACUAUCAGAUGCGUCUUAUCUUUCCGUUCAUAAACUAUCAGCGCUUCGGCUACAGGUCUUACCUCUUCAAAAUCAAGAUAGCAACUGAUCCUCGAGUGAAUCUCUGA